CGCGUCAUCGACCGAGCGCUGGUCAGGAAGCUUGAGCGCGAGUGACGUCCCGGCGGUCAGCCGCGUCUUCGGCCGUGACGUCAGUGACGCGUGCCCGCCCGCCCUCCAACUCCAUCCCAGUCGGCGCAGGGCGACAGCUGCUGCCUACUUGCUCCGCGAACUGCUCGACAAUGGCGUGGAAGUCCGGCGGCUGCAGCCACGCGGAGCUCGUCAACAACCUCCGCAAAAAUGGAAUCAUUAAGUCGGACAAGGUCUACGAGGUCAUGCUGGCCACCGACCGGAGCCACUUCUCCAGGUGUAACCCGUACAUGGACUCGCCACAGUCCAUAGGCUACCAGGCGACGAUCAGCGCUCCUCACAUGCACGCCUACGCCCUGGAGCUGCUCCACGACCAGCUGUACGACGGCGCCAAGGCCCUGGACGUGGGCUCCGGCAGCGGGAUCCUGUCCGUCUGCUUUGCUCGAAUGGUGGGACCUGAAGGGAAGGUCAUCGGAAUCGACCACAUCAAGGAGCUGGUGGACGACUCCGUCAACAACGUGAAGAAGGACGACGCCAGUUUGAUCACGUCGGGCCGCAUCACGCUCACAGUGGGGGACGGCCGCCUUGGUUACCCAGAGGAAGCUCCCUACGACGCCAUUCACGUGGGCGCCGCCGCACCCAACGUCCCGCAGGCCCUCCUGGACCAGCUGAAGCCCGGCGGGCGGCUGAUCCUGCCCGUGGGCCCGGCCGGGGGGAACCAGAUGCUGGAGCAGUACGACAAGCUGGAGGACGGCAGCACCAAAAUGAAGGCCCUAAUGGGCGUGAUCUACGUGCCUUUGACGGACAAGGACAAGCAGUGGUCCAGGGACGAGCUCUGAGGACGCUCCACACUGCCCUCUGCAGGAGACUCAGCUCGGGGGUGCGCCCCCCCCUCCCCCGCCCCGCCCCGCCUCCCUCCACUCCGAAGCAUCUUCAAAACUUUUCUGUUUGGACCGAGCUUUGCUGCGAGGGGAGACUGCUUCAAGUUGGACACGAAACUGCGGAGGACGUUUUGUUUUUCCUGCAUCUUCCUCUCAAGACCUGACGUCAGCACCAUCUCGCUGCGAGCUGUGUGCCGGCGCCGAGCCUGUGUGUUAGUGUGCGUGUGUCCGCGCGCGCAUGUGUGUUUCACAGCCGACAUCAUUACUUCCAGACCGCAGUAUUGACCGCACACGCUCUCCUGGAGCCUCCAAAGAGAACAACGUCGCCCCCUUCAGGAGCGCGGUGUCGCUCUCUGCGGGCGCCCGUCAUCUGACGCGGGAGUCACUGCUUUGCCAAAACACACUUCGAAGCAAAUGUCUGUUCUUAGCACAGUGGAGUCGGAGAGGCGCCGCCUGGAACGGAACACCACAAUAAAGAUGCUUGACUUUCUCUGGGCUCCUGGGCUCGUCGCUCCAAACCCAACACACACACACACAGACCAGGGUGAAUCAUCCGAGUAUAUUUGUAGCUUCACAGGACAAACAUUUCUGAAUCGACAAGAACAAAAGGAGAAUCUGGAGAGAAGGAGGGGUCAUUUUAACAGAUGACGUGACUUCACUGCCAAACAAACGCUCCCUUCUGUUGACAAUCACGUUUUUUCUUCCACAUGAAUCGGAGUGUUUCAGCUAGAAAACGCUUCCUUCUGAGUAUGCUUUUAAUCUAUGUCAGAUUUAGGGUUUUUUCUUGAACACUUCAUGGAAACUAAAACUAUUCUGUUGUGGAACUUGGCAGGACAGUAACACCAACCUGAGGGAAUUGAAAAACACGUGAGCUCGGGUCACAUGACCUGCGAGGAUGGAACAGAAGCACUUCCGGUCUCCAGGGCGAGAGCAGCUGUGUGGGCGGGGCUACAGGUACAUGCCGUUGAUGAGGUAGUCAGACUCCUCGGUGGUCAGAGGCCGCGCCUUCUUCAUCUUGUGGCGCACCAACCGCAGCCUGCAGCCGAUCAU